ACUUUCCAAGCUUUCGCUUUGCCGUCCAAAUGGUUGCCCGUCGACACAUAUAAUCUGCAAAAAUAUGUUCACCGCGGGCAAAACUUAUAGGUGACAGUUUGCUGGCUGCAAUUUGUUACCGAGUGACGAAAAAGUGACUGAGAAGAAAGUGUUGUGAGUGCAGUGAAUAUACUUUGUGUUGUUGUGUCGCUAGACUGUCGUUGAGCUGUCGCUAAGCUGUCAAAAUGUCGGGUUUCGUGAAGAUCGCGAUAGACGACUACUACUCAGACAGCAACUGGACAACCAUCAUCAACAAGUAUUGGAUGCUCGCUGAGAGAGUUUCAGAUCCCCGCGUGCAAGGAUGGUUCCUGUUCGACACGCCGAUAGUGACGGGCGUGAUGGUAGUUCUGUACCUCGCCUUCGUGAUGGUCGCCGGGCCCAUGUGGAUGGCCAACAGGAAACCCUUCAAACUGACCAGCGUGCUGGUGUCAUACAAUGCCUUCCAAGUGCUGCUGUCAUCGUAUAUGUUUUAUGAGCACCUGAUGUCAGGAUGGUGGGACGACUACAGCCUCACGUGCCAGCCAGUGGACUACAGUGACAGCGAGAAAGCGAGACGGAUGCUGCAUCUAUGCUGGGUGUACUACUUCUCCAAGCUGUCGGAGUUCGCAGACACGAUCUUCUUCGUGUUGCGGAAGAAGAAGAGUCAGAUCACCUGGCUCCACCUCUACCACCACUCCCUGACGCCGUUCGAGGCGUGGGUGCUGGUCAAGUUUAUUGCCGGUGGUCACGGCACGUUCUCCAACAUCGUGAACAACCUGGUCCACGUGAUCAUGUACAGCUACUACAUGAUGGCGGCGAUGGGCCCGCAGUACCAAAAGUACCUGUGGUGGAAGAAGCACCUCACCACGUUGCAGCUGAUCCAGUUCUACAUGGUGCUUUUCCAUUCUAUGAGCGCUCUCAUCUAUGACUGCGGAUAUCCAAAGGCCAUCGCGACAGGACUGGUGUUACAUUCCGUCAUAUUCAUCGUGCUGUUCACCAACUUCUACUUACAAGCGUACAAGCAAAAGAUCAAGCCCAAAGUACCCAAAGUGGACGUCUGCAACAACAACUACGACACCAAACACAACGGAUACCUCAACGGCAACGCAACAGAUGUCCUCAGCAAUGGACACGCAACAACAGAGCUUAGCAACGGACACGCCAAAGCAAACAUGGAUGUACUCAGUAACGGACACGCCAAAGCGGCGAACACUGAUACGCUCGUCAACGGAUACUCAAACGGACACGCUCAUCCGAUAAAGGAAAAGACGCAGUAGUCCCUAAGGUAGCAAUUGUAAAUACGUAUUUGCUCAAUGUAAUUGUUGAGAUUUUGUGUAUCAAAGUUUUAAGUAAGAUUUUGAGGUUAAAAUAGGUUCUCCGAACAUGGAUACGUCCCUUCAUUUCCGUUUCUAAAACGAACUUUAUAAUAUUUUAUGAAUCAUGAAUGAUAAAUCUUUAUAACAGUAUAAUCUCCGGGAGAAGUUUUGGAAGAAUUCUUUCGUCUUUCUAUUUUCUUGGUACUUUUCGCCAGGAGUAUGAGCCUACAUACUUUGUACGUUUUAACCUUUUCUUAUAUACUUAAAUAACAAAAAAGACUUUAUUACUUUACAACGUUGAACUAGGGUAUAUCGUACUUUAAGGGAAAAAAUGUAGAUUACAUUGUUUUCUUAAAUGUAGACGUAUUUUGCACAUGUUUUGCCUUCUAUGUGCUAAUUGUAUAUAGGUAAAUUAAAUCUUGGGAUUAUAGUGCAUAAUAUUUUGUGAGGGGCAAGGCAGAACCUUGACAAGAUGAUUGUCGCAAGAAUUUUUUCUUGCAGCGAUUCGUCGUUUUUUGGUGGUGCUAACAAUUUUAGACGUUUUAGAUCAAUGUUUGUAUUAUUUUAUGUUAAUUUAUUUCUCAUCUGUGAUUAGUACCUUUUUCUUGUAAUCUAGUUCAUUUGAAUGCACCACACUCCAGCAAGUGCGAAUUUUUGUAUUGUUAGUGAAUGACUUUUUCGAAAAACAUAACAAAUGUUAACAUACUUUUCUGUAUAAUAUUAUCUUGUUCAGAAUAUAUUUUUCUUCUAUCUUUUAACUCUUCAAACGUCAAUCUUAUAACUACCUCAUAGUCUUCCGUCCAAGUAUCCGUCCAUGUGGCUUUAUUCUAAGGUAGUGUACUUGUAAAUAUACCUAAUGGAUGUUUGUUAUUUAUUGAGGACUCAUACGUGUGAUAUAAAGACAUAAUUUUGUCUAUAUUAUAAACGUAAGAACGCGACGCGUCGGUCUUCGAUGAAGUUAAUUACUAUAAAUAUUAACUUUAAGUUUAGGAUGUUUAAUUUCAGAAUCUUCUACUGACUGACAGGAGAUCAGUGAAUGAAUAUCCAAAUGUAAUAUAUAAGCGAUAUACGAGUAUAAGCGAUGAAAGCAAUAAAAAAGAAAAUUGACUUCUGACGAAAAAUCUUUACUUAAAUAUUUUUAAUCAACCACAGAAAUAUUAAAAACUGGAAUAUUUUACAAAAACAUAAAAAUCGUUAAUGUUUUAAACAAUUUAUGAGAAGCGUGUUAAAAUUAGCCAAGUCCCUUUACUUGUAACCGACAAGUAAACGAGAUCAUUUGAAAUCUUGUUCUGGUUAACAGUUAACGUUCCCUGUCCGAGAUUGCUGACGUGAAUCAUAAUAUUUUGCCGUCAGUAUUUUAAGUACAAAGUAUAACAUAUCUCGAUACGUUUCGUCACAAAUAUUGAAUGUGAUAGAUGAAAUUAUUGUAUGUGUGUAUGGAAUAGGAUUAGGUAGGACCUGAUCAAUUUUUCGCGUUGCCAUUUCGUGUCGAGCUACCUUAAAAUUUUGCAAUGUAUUUCAUUGUUUUCAAACUAGGAAACAGUAAAAUAUAUUCAAAUACUUGAUUUGAUUUCAUUUUGGUACAUUUAGAUUUGUGAAGUUAUUCUGAUUAAGUUUUAAGCUUAAGCUUUAAGUCAGUGUUAAUCGUUUAUAAAAAAAUCAUGACUUGUCUAUUUCUAAUUCUAAAACGAGAGAAAAUUAUAAUGUAGCCAAUUUAAGUUGCUAUUUUACCAAAGAAUGUUUAAGAUAAGCAGUGGUUAAUCUUAAGCAUUUAUUGGUGAAACUGACACUUAAUCUGCAAGCUCAUAAUAAAACGGGAAGGAAUCGUGAUGUUUCAAAUCAUAAAGUUAAUAUACC